AUGUCUGAAUACGACAAAACUCAUCCUGUAGAACAAACUGACAUCGCCACGGAAAUUGAAGGUGCCAUUGAAUCCCAAUCAAUGGUAUCCGGUUCCUACUCUAACAGAGACGAUGAUAUGAAAAAAGAAUUUUCUGAUACUGGAUCUUUAACCCCAGAAGCUGCUAUUGAUAUCCCAAAGAAACCAGCCUCUGCCUAUUUAUCAGUCUGUAUCAUGUGUGUCAUGGUUGCAUUCGGUGGUUACAUUUCUGGUUGGGAUUCUGGUACCAUUGGUGGUUUUGAAUCUCAUACUGAUUUCUUGGCUAGAUUUGGUUCUACCAGUGGUUCUGGCACUCGUUAUUUGUCCAAGGUUAGAACUGGUUUGCUGACUUCCAUGUUCAACAUUGGUCAAGCCAUUGGUUGUUUCUUCUUAGGUCGUUUGGGUGAUAUGUAUGGUCGUCGUAUGGCUAUUAUUAUUGCUUCUAUUAUUUUCGUCGUCGGUACUAUUAUUCAAAUUGCUUCUGUUAAGGCUUGGUACCAAUAUAUGAUUGGUAGAAUUGUUGCUGGUCUAGGUUGUGGUAUUAUUGCUAUUUCAUCUCCUAUGUUGAUUUCCGAAGUCUCUCCAAAACAUUUAAGAGGUGCUAUGGUCUCCUGUUACCAAUUGAUGAUUACCAUGGGUAUUUUCUUAGGUUACUGUGCUAACUACGGUACUAAAAAAUAUGAUGAUUCUCGUCAAUGGAGAGUCCCAUUAGGUUUACAAUUUGCUUGGUGUUUGUUUUUAGUCGGUGCCAUGUUAUUCGUUCCAGAAUCUCCAAGAUUCUUGAUUGAAAAGGGUAGAUACGAAGAUGGUAAACGUUCUAUUGCCAAGUCCAACAAGGUUUCUCCAGAUGAUCCAGCUGUUAUUUUGGAAGCUGAUGAAAUUCAAGCUGCUGUCGACAAGGAAAGAGCUGAAGGUACCGCCACCUGGGGUGAUAUGUUGGAUACUAAACACAAGAUUCUUCCAAGAGUUAUCAACGGUAUUAUGUUAUUAGCUUUGCAACAAUUGACUGGUGCUAAUUAUUUCUUCUACUAUGGUACUUUGAUUUUCAAGGCUGUCGGUUUAGAAGAUGGUUAUGAAACUUCUAUUGUUUUUGGUGUUGUUAAUUUCUUCUCCACUUUUGUUGCCUUGUAUUUAGUUGAUAGAUUCGGUAGAAGAACUUGUUUAUUGUGGGGUGCCGCUGGUAUGACCUGUUGUAUGGUUGUCUUUGCUUCUGUUGGUGUUACUAGAUUAUGGCCAAAGGGUAAGAACGGUGGUGUCACUUCUCAAGGUGCUGGUAACUGUAUGAUUUGUUUCUCCUGUUUCUUUAUUUUCUGUUUCGCUACUUCAUGGGCUCCAGUUCCAUUCGUUAUUAUUUCUGAAUCUUUCCCAUUGAAGGUUAAGGCCAAGGGUAUGGCUUUAGCUACUGUUUCCAACCAAAUGUGGAACUUUGCUAUUGGUUUCUUCACCGUUUUCAUUACUGGUGCUAUUAACUUCUACUACGGUUACGUUUUCUUAGGUUGUUUAGUUUUCGCCUGGUUUUACGUUUUCUUCUUUGUUCCAGAAACUAAAGGUAUGGUUUUGGAAGAUGUCAACGUUAUGUGGGAAGAAGGUGUCUUACCAUGGAAAUCCGCCUCUUGGGUUCCACCAUCUGAAAGAGGUGCUGAUUAUGAUGUUGCUGCUAUGGCCAAUGAUGAUCAACCAGCUUGGAAGAAAAUGUUUGGUAAAUAA